CGUGCAGACUCAGGGAUACGGUGAGGUGGCAGACAGGACUGAGAACAGAUUGGCUCUGACCUGAGGCAGUGGGAGGAGACUUUGACAAUGAAUGUGCUGAGGACACAUGUUUACAAUGAUGGGAGAGAGGGGAAGAAUGGAGCCGCAGAGGAUCACUGAACACUAUGGUGCCUCUCUCAUACAGACUGUUGGUCAAGGAAGCUAAUGAGAGUCACUGCAGAAGGACACCAGAAUGGCGCAGUGUCAUGUGAGACACGUGCAAAACUAUUAAUCAAUGAGUCAUCACAAAAGCUGAUAGUGUUUGUUUUUGACUUCACUGUUUUGUACUAAGCACAACACACUCUCCCUGUUCCCUACAAACUUAAACAAGAGGGGGACGAGUCAUUACAAGGACUAACAGGACAAACUGUGAAGAUCAUUUCUCAGGGAUGACCAGUGCUCAGCUGCUGGAGACUGCAUCCAAAGAGUCUGUGUUUGGUGCCCAGCCCUCCCACAGGAUGGCAUCCACCGUGUCCGCAGUCCCCCGCGGUGUGUUUGGCCCCUCGCCGCCCCCUCCGGCUGUCUGUCCUCCCCUGGACUUCGCCCUGGGUGCUCUCGCCUGCUGCGCGGCCUGCGUGUUCACCAAUCCCCUGGAGGUGGUGAAGACUCGUCUGCAGCUCCAGGGAGAGCUGCGUGCUCGGGGAUCCUACCAGAGACACUACCGCGGGGUCCUGCAGGCCCUGUGGGUGGUGGGCCGCACAGACGGGCUCCGGGGCCUGCAGAAGGGGCUCUCGGUCGGGCUGAUCUACCAGGGCGUAAUGAACGGCGUGAGGCUGGGAUCCUACUCCUAUUGUGAAGCUCUGGGUAUCACCUCGCUCCAUGGGGGGAGUCUGCUGUCGGGGGCAGGAGCCGGGGCGCUGGGUGCCUUCAUCGCCUCUCCUGCCUACCUGGUGAAGACCCAUCUGCAGGCUCAGACUGUGGAGGCCAUUGCAGUAGGUCACCAGCAUAACCAUCUGGGAGUGUCUGAUGCCUUUGUUACCAUCUAUAGAAGAGAAGGUUUAAUUGGUCUCUGGAGGGGCGUGAAUGGGGCCGUGCCUCGAGUCAUGGUGGGAUCAGCUGCUCAACUGGCAACCUUCACCUCGGCCAAGGACUGGGUGUCACAUUCCCAGUGGUUUAGUCCAAACAGCUGGCUCACGGCUUUGAUAGCUGCCAUGAUCAGUGGAGUCGCUGUGGCCAUCACCAUGACGCCGUUUGACGUCAUCAGUACGAGGCUCUACAACCAGCCGGUGGAUGAGUUUCGUAGGGGACGUCUGUACCAUGGAUUUUCAGACUGCAUGCUGAAGGUGUGCCAAGCUGAGGGCCCACUUGGGUUGUACAAAGGCAUGGGCCCCGUCUUCCUGCGCUUGGCCCCACACACUGUGCUCAGCAUGCUGUUCUGGGAUCUGAUGAGGCAUCAGGCAGUGAAGGACAACUAGAGCCUGGGAAAAAGCUAAAACAUACCUGCUUAUAAUGACUGGCCUCAGUUGUGGCUAUCAAAGUGGUCCAUCACUUAAUCUACACUGAAUCUAAAGGAAAAGUUUGACAUUUUGGAAAAGAUGCUUAUUGGAUUUCUUGUUGAGAACAGACAUAUAACAGACAUAUUCUCCAUCAGAGAGUGAAUCAAAAUGUCUAACUGUUCCUUUAAGCGAGACUCGCUCUGUCCCAGGGAGCACAGAUGGUGGAUGAACAUUCAAGUACUUGACAGAAGAUGGACACAUGCUGCACAAACUGACCUUUGAGGAAUUCCUAUCAAAAGUGAAGUUGGUGAACCAUCAGGUUUUUUUACCUUAAAAUACCUCAAAUGAUGAAUUUACAAGCUGUAUCUCGGGAUCGCACAGAAACAAGAGAAGUGACUCCUGUACGGGGGUUGCAAGAAAAUCAAAUGAAGUGCCGAUGACUUGAAGAACAAGUCUGGGUCAUUAAAGCACAAACUCUAUAUUCCAUGUUUAAAUCCAGUGUGGCUGCUACACUUCUGCUGUAAUCUGUCACAGUUUAAUACAUAACUCUUGUUGCCUUUUCUGUUAUAUGUAAAGAAAGACAUCUGCUGGGAAUGUUUUUAUUUACUGACAUAUGAGCUACUGGUAGCUAAAACCAAGCUUGCCAUUUGAUUUGAGGUUUUUAUUUACAGAAACUUAACUUACGGGUACUUCAAGCCUUUGAACAGCAGUUAAUAAUAUUAGUAGUAAUAAUAAUAAAGGCAUUUUUUGAAUGAA